ACCCUAUAUUCAUAAUAAAGGAGAAAACGAGAAGCUCAUGUCAUAAAUGAGUGGCGCUCAUCAUCGGCACCGAAACACGGUCCUACUCACGAGGGGAUUCUGUUUACUCUGUGUAAGAAUCACGUGUCUUGGAUGAUGAAGAUUGACCUUUCCGUUUCAAAGAGCGAAGAUGACUCGUAGAAUUCAACAGAGAAACUUAAAUCGACACAGAGCAAAAACUCACCUUCGACGACCCCAGUGGCCGCGCGAGAAAACAUGAAUCUGUGUUGCUGCACUCCUUCGUCGAUGCUUCACGUGCAUUCCCUUGCGUCGACGAAGACCGACGUUACUCCGCGCUCUUGUGUUGCUAAUCGAGACGACAAUGAAGAUCUGAGAUGAGCUUCGGUUCGCGUGUGAUGAGGCUCACUUCUACUUUUUUGUUUCGGUUUUCUGUUUUGCUAUGGAGGUUCUUGCUUCCUCUAUGUCAGUUGGUUCAUUUUUCUUGCAGGUUAUUGGUUCAGAAGUUAUUCUGUUGAAAGGUGGUUGGUUAAAGAUUGGAGGAGGAAGUGAGAAGAAGCUUGGUUGAAGGUUGUGCAGAAUGAAGAAGAUAGAAGGUAAUGAAAUGGAAUGAGAGUCUUUCUUCUGAACUGUGAAGGUGAAAACUCAACAUUGGUUCAGUGGAGUUCCAGAUUCUUCAUUCUAUUAUGACAGUUAGAGGUGACUUUAAUAAUUUGUUAGAAGUUGGUUAAUGGAUGUAGAUGGAGUUCAAUCCUGAUUCUGUUUCUGUUUGAUUCUGGUUUUUCGAGGUCCUUUCGUUAGGUUCAGAAGGGUGAUGUCGUUAUGUUGAAGUUUUUGAUGCCGUUAGUCGUCGGUUCAGUUCUCAAGUACAUUAGGUGUAAGCAAGAAUAUCAGAGGGAUCUCUAAGGGAAUCAGAUGUUCUGGGCCCGUUGGAAGAAGAAAUUGGGUAAAACAGUAGUCCUGAUACGACCAUCCGUGUUGCCCAACACUGGCCGUGUCAGGAGAGGAAAUCCAAGAGAAGAAAACAGGGAGCUGACAUGGGUGCCCGUGUCAGCUGACAUGGCCCGUGUCAGCCUCCCUGGAGGGGCGUGUCAAGACCACUUUACCAGACAGCCAACACGGCCUGUCGUGUUGCUUGACACGACCAUUGUUGGCUUGGACACUUCAUUUUCCAGUUUUUGCUGUAUUUUGGCACGACUGAUCCCAUAAGGCAUUUUGGACUUUUGCUACAUCAAAUUAGUGAUCAAGAACUAUUUAGGGGGUUUUUGAAUAUGAAGAAGAGGACUUUUCACGAUUACAGAUUAGAGACGAUAAAGAUUGAAGCGGUCAAAAGCGUCGAAGAACGGAAAUCCUUCAAGAACGGAUGCGAUUGAAGAUCAACGGAAUUCCAAUCCUUUUGUAAUGUCUCGUUUUUAUUUUGUAUCUUAUUUGAAUAAUAUUAGAGGCUAAACCCCCCAAUUCCAGGGUGUGUGUCCCUGAAUUGAUCAUGUAAUGACUUUGAAUUUAUGAUUUUUUCAUUUGAAGCUUGGAUCAUGAUGAAGUUUGAGGUGGAAGUUUGGAAAAUCAAACAUAUUUGAAAAUUUUCUAAAUCCCAAGUCAAAUGUUCAUUUGUUCCACCUUGAAUAACGUUUUCUAUGGACUUCAAAUGAGAAAAGCUCCUUCAUAAAAGUUGUAGACAUUUCAAAGCUAAUAAAUUUAGUCACAAAUUUGACCUCAUUUGGAUUUGGCAUGAAAGAGUUAUCCAUUUUAGAAGUUAAGGAAAAUCACUUGUUCAAUGGUAUUGACCCAAAAUGACCUAUAAUGUUUCCUCUUGGCACAUGCAUUUGCAAGUUGAAUUUGAACUUCCUCCAAACAUAAAAGUUAAAGUAGACAGAUUGAAUUUGAUCAUGAAUUUUUAAUGGCUUUCAUAUCAUAAUAAAUGAUCAAGUUAUGGUCUUGUGAAGUUGACCUCCAAACUAGGGUUCAGACAAAAUGACCUAUAAUCUGUCACCAUAAAAAAUGACUUUCCAAGCAAAAAUAGCUCUAGAUUUAAAUAUGAAAGUUGUUUGAAAUGUCAUUUUGAGUAACAUUUCUCUUGGAAUAAUUUUCAUAUGAUACAAAUUGUAGGAGAUAGGGUCUAGGGAACCCCAAAUUUGACCAGUUGACUUUCUCUAGUCAACCACCAAGAACCAUCUUGCUAGCUUGAUAUUCUCUUGAUUUUUGAGGCUCAUGGAGGAUCAUAUAUGCAUAAGAUGAUGUAAUGUGAAGUAUCCCUUGAAAUAUUUGAUCAAUUGUUGAAGAAACUUGUUGAAGAAGUUACACAAGAUACCCAAAUGGAUUAAGGUUUCCAAGGUAAACAAACUCCAAACUCUUGAUGAUUUCUUGAUCAAAAUAACUUCUGAAGAUCAUGGGGAUCCAUAUAUGAUGUCUAGAAUCAAUUUGAACUAUCUCUUGAUCGUGCUUCUUGCAUUGAGGGUCUCAAAGCCUAAAUGUGAGCUUGUUAGAGCAUAGGUAAACACACACACUACCUACAAAAGCAACAAACUAUACAUUGACAUAUUUUUGGUAUUUUGGUUAGUAAACAAAGAAAAGAUGAAGUAUGAUACAAUAAAAUAUGCUUGGUGAUCUCUCCCAAUGCAAACCCAAUGAAUGAGAGGUAAGGAGGAUGCCAAGGUGUGAUCCCAAUGCUAAUGCAUAUGAUGAGAUAAUAUGAGGGAUCUUAGGGUCAAAAUUGGGGUCUUACAGUUGCCCCUAUUUAAUGACGUUCUAGCUGAGGCGAUGAAGGUUAAAAUCUUCGUAUCGACUCAGUAGAAUGGACUUAAAUAACAACAAUAGAUACAAUUUUUGGCCCAUAAGAGACCUCCUGAUGCAUAUGAUAUGAAUGUUAAAAUUAAACUCUAUGGGGAAUGAGUUACCACAAAGGAAAAGAAUCCGGAGCGACUGAAAGUCCACAGGAGCAUAACGCAUCCCAUAAGGAAAACUCACUGGGGAGACAAAGACUCUGGGGGAUAAAAGGUUGUGUGUAAGCCAGGAUACGACUUAAAACUGCUGGGGGAUACGAGGGAUUCCAUGAAAAUAAAUCAAUGGAAAGACUCAACCGGGGGAUAAAAAGAAAUCUGGAGGGGAAACAGGUAUAUCAGAACAAAAUUGAAAUACUUGAACCAAACUGGAAACGACGAUUUCACUAAGGAAAUACGCACUUGAACUCAACUGGGGAAGAAAAGAUUUUCAACACCGAAGUACCAGAAGUAUAUUAUCCAUUACCGGUUACUGGGUAAGAAGAUAACAUAAUCUGACAGGGAAGAUAUCCGUUACCGGUUAGGGAAAAUAUAUCAAGGAUGACUAGCUAAGGGCGACAAAAGGUGUAUUUAUUACCGAUUACUGGGUAAGAAUAACCUAUUGGGGAAAGGCCAAAUAGGAUUUACAACUACCAGUUACUGGGUAGAAGACCAAAAAAAGAGAAUAUCCGUCACCGGUUAAAGUGAACAUAUCAAGGAUAGACUCGAAGGGAAGAAUAUUCAUCAUCAGUUAAGAUGAACAUAUCAAGGAUAAACUGUCGGGGAAAAGUAGGAAUUACAUCUAUCCGUUAUUGCAUAGAAUACUGAAAAGAGAAUAUCCAUCACUGGUUAGGAUGAACAUAUCAAGGAUAGACUCUGAGGGGAGAAAUAAGAAUUAUAUCUAUCAUUUACUGGAUAGAAAACCAAAUGAGAGUAUCUGUCACCGGUUAGGAUGAACAUAUCAAGGAUAGACUCUACAGGGGGGAAACAUGAUUUACAACUACCAGUUACUGGGAAGAAAAUCGAAAGAGAGCAUCUGUCACCGGUUAGGAUGAACAUAUCAAGGAGUAACCCUCUGGGAAUGAAAUAGGGAUUACUGUUGGUUCUAUGUGUUGGCAGCAAUUUCGGUAAAACCUAGAGUGUUUACAAGUUGUCACAAGUGUUGUCUUGACAUAAGAUAACAUGUACCUGUAAGGUGUUUAAAAUGUGAAUAUGUAGGAUUUUACUGAGAUGUCAGACCCGAUGUCAUGACAUCUGUAUACAAAACAUUCAGUCUGAAUGUUAUGUAUUAUGUAAUUGCGUUUUUUAUGCUAAUCUAUGUGUGAUUGAUGAGAUGAUUGAAUGAGCCCUUAAUCAGUAAUUACAACCAGAUUGACUUAUUUUCCAAUAAGAUAUAAUCAGCUGUCAUGAGAAGAUAUGAACGGAAAAUACUUUUAGGGUUUUAUGAUGUCCAAGCCCAGCCAAACACUUCUAUAUAAAGGACAUGGAAAACCUGGUUUUAUACACAAGAAAUAACGAACGAAAUAUUGAGAGAGAAUAAGGGUUUGAGUCUUGUGUGGUAGUGUGUAUUGUAAGCCAUUCAUUCAUCCAUAGAUGAUUGAAUUAGACUGAUUUUUGAGUUGUAAUUUGUCCACUCUAAGCUUUGAAGCAUGAGCGUGUGUUUACUUGAUUGAAGCUUUUAAGCAAGAUCAAGUAUGUGUCUUUGAAGGGUGUCUUCUUUUUAUUGUAAUUCUUGUUUUAUAUCACUGCUGUGAUUGAGGGGGAGUGAGUAGGAUCUCAUAUCUAAGAGUUCUUAGGUAGAAGUCACACGGGUAGAGAUUAAGUGAAAAGACUGUAACUUGAAGUUGUUUACUGAGAGUCUUUGAAGUGAUUCUGUUUAGUGGAUUUCCUUCCUGGCUUGGUAGCCCCCAGACGUAGGUGAAUUUGUACCGUACUGGGUUAACAAAUGCUUGUGUCUCUUGCAUUACUGUUCUUUAUCUUUUAUCCUGUUUGUAUUGUUCAGAUAUUAGUGUCGUGACAUUACCUUCGACAUCUCAUAUCUGAUACCAGAAUUUCAAUUGGUAUCAGAGCAGGCAUCCUGCUCUGGUUCUGGGUGAGAUCUAGGGACGUUACUUUCUGGUACUCUGGAUAGAGACGGAAGAUCUGUUCACAGACCACCUAUUCUGGAUGGAUCCAACUAUGACUACUAGGAACCUCGAAUGGUAGCCUUCCUAAAAUCUUUGGAUAAUAAGGCUUGGAAGGCUGUUUUAACAGGCUGGGAACAUCCAGUUAUUACUAAGGAAGGAAAAGCUACAAUUGAUAAGAAGGCUGAGGAACAAUGGACCAAGGAGGAGGAUGAUCUAGCCCUUGGGAACUCUAAAGCAUUGAAUGCUAUAUUCAAUGGAGUAGAUAAGAACAUCUUCAGAUUGGUAAACAACUGUGAGGUGGCUAAAGAUGCAUGGAAUAUUCUCAAAACCACUCAUGAAGGCACCUCUAGAGUGAAGAUGUCUAGACUGCAGCUGCUCACUACCAAGUUUGAAAAUUUGAGGAUGAAAGAAGAUGAAAAUAUUCAUGAAUUUCAUAUGAAUAUCCUUGAAAUUGCUAAUGCCUCAGGAACCCUGGGUGAGAAGAUGUCAGAUGAAAAACUAGUGAGGAAAAUACUCAGGUCACUUCCUAAGAGAUUUACCAUGAAAGUGACUGCCAUAGAAGAGUCUCAAGAAAUUUCCAAUAUGAGAGUUGAUGAGCUAAUUGGAUCCCUCCAAACAUUUGAGUUAGGAAUGUGUGAUGGAUCUGAAAAGAAAGUCAAAAGCAUAACCUUCAUGUCAAACACUGAAGAUAUAGAGGAAGAAAGUGGUCAAGAUACUGAUGAAGAUAUGGCAAAUGAUGUAGCAUUACUGGGAAGAUAAUUCAACAAACUUCUGAAAAAGAUGGAUGUAAGGUCUAAGUCUAAUGUCAAGAACAUCUCAUCUGACAUUAGUAGGUCCAAUAAUGCUGGAAGAAGAACAAGAUCUGAUGAAAAGUCCAAAGAAGGAAAAUGAGUUCAGUGCCAUGAAUGUGAUGAGUAUGGACACAUUAGAGCUGAAUGUGGGACCUACCUCAAGAAACAGAAGAAGAGUCUUGCUGCUACUUGGUCUGAUGAAAGUGAAACAGAAGAGUCUGCAAAUCUUGUGACUGCCUUGACUGGAAAAUGGGGUUCUGAUGAAGACUCAAGUGAUGAUGAAGUAACCUUUGAUUAGCUAGCCACUACCUACAGAAAGUUGUGUCACAGAAGUGAAGAAGUGUAUCAACAAGUUGAAAGUAAGAAGAAAGUGAUUAUACAACUGGAGAAUGAGAAGGCAUAACACUUGGAAACCAUCUCUAAGUUGAAAACUGAAGUAGUGUUCUUGAAUUCCAAACUGGAUGAGAUGACAAAGUGUGUCAGAAUGCUAAACAAUGGAUCUGACACCUUAGACAAAAUUCUCCAGACUGGACAAAUGGCAGGAGACAAGUCUGGCCUUGGGUUCAAUGAAUCCAAACCUGAGUGCAGUCACACUGGGAGCAAACCAAAGAUGUCACAUCAUAUGUCACAACAUCAUAAGGGAAGACAACAGAAAGGGAAACAUCAAAGAUGGAUAUGUCAUUACUGUGGAAAAUUUGGCCACAUAAAACCAUUCCGCUAUAAGUUGUAUGGCUAUCCUAGUCCUUCUCAUCAUCAACCUAGACCCAAACAUCACAUACCUGUCAACAGAAAACAAUGGGUUCCUAGGACUGGUGUCACAAACCUGAUAGCUCACACUUCCUUCAGAGUUUCAGCCAAAGAAGACUGGUAUUUUGACAGUGGGUGCUCCAGACACAUGACUGGAAACAAAAAUCUGCUAACUGACCUUCAUCCUCAUGCCACCAGCUAUGUAACCUUUGGUGAUGGAUCAAAGGGUGAAAUCAAGGGGAUUGGUAAGCUAAACUGCCAUGGAGUCCCUAACCUUGACAAUGUCCUACUUGUUACGGGACUGACUACAAACCUAAUAAGCAUCAAUCAACUAUGUGACCAAUGUCUAACUGUAAACUUCACAAAACUGAAUGUCUGAUUAUUAAUAAAGAAAAUGAAGUGAUCAUGAAAGAAGUCAGGUCUAAGGACAACUACUAUAUGUGAAGUUCUCAAGAAACUGGUUAUUCAUCAAUGUGUACUCUAGCCAAAGAAGAAGAAGUGAAGAUAUGACAUCAAAAGUUGGGCCAUCUACAUCUUAAAGGAAUAAGAGGAUUAUAUCUGUUGAAGCUCUCAGAGGAAUUCCAAACUUGAAGAUUGAUGAAGGAAAAGUGUGUGGGGAGUGUCAGAUUGGAAAACAGACAAAGAUGUCACAUCAGAAGCUCAGACAUGACACCACUUCCAGAGUGUUGGAACUUCUCCAUAUGGACUUGAUGGGACCCAUGCAGGUGGAAAGUCUUGGUGGGAAGAAGUAUGCUUAUGUAGUGGUGGAUGAUUUCUCCAGAUACACCUGGGUCAGUUUUAUAAGAGAAAAAUCUGAUGUAUUUGAAGUCUUCAAAGAUCUUUGUCUAAGACUUCAAAGAGAAAAAGAAAGUCAGGUUAUCAAAAUCAGAAGUGAUCAUGGGAAGGAAUUUGAGAACAACAAAUUUGCUGGAUUCUGUGCAUCAGAAGGAAUUAGUCAUGAGUUCUCAUCUCCCAUUACUCCUCAGCAAAAUGGUGUGGUAGAAAGGAAAAAUAGAACUCUCCAAGAAUCAACCAGAGCUAUGAUUCAUGCUAAGAAAUUGCCCUACCACUUUUGGGCUGAAGCUAUGAACACAACCUGCUAUGUUCACAACAGAGUAACCUUGAAGAAAGGGACUCCUACUACUUUAUAUGAAGUCUGGAAAGGGAGAACACCUAUAAUCAAAUACUUCAAUGUGUUUGGUAGUAAAUGUUAUAUCUUGACUGAUUGUGAACAAAGAAGGAAGAUGGAUCCCAAGAGUGAUGAAGGAAUAUUUCUGGGCUACUCAACAAACAACAGAUCAUUUAGAGUCUUUAAUUUCCAGAACAAAAGUAAUGAUGAAAUCUAUCAAUGUUGUGGUUGAUGAUCAGCAGACUGAUGUCACAGACGAUGUUGAGACAUCCCUAAAUGAUCCCCCAGCUGAUUUCCCAGACAAAAGUAAUGAGAGUGAACUCACUCAAGCUGAACUUGAAGCUGACAAAAUUAAUAAGGGACCCUCUAUCAGAAUUCAGAAGGAUCAGCCUAAAUAUCUCAUUAUAGGAGACCCAAAUAAAGGGGUCACAACUAGAUCAAGGGAAGUAAUCUCACAUGGCUGUUUUGUGUCCAAGAUUAAGCCUAGGAAUAUCAAGGAAGCCUUGACUGAUGAGUUCUGGGUCAAUGCCAUGCAGGAAGAGUUAGGCCAAUUCAAGAGAAAUGAAGUAUGGGAACUGGUUCCAAGACCUGAAGGAAUAAAUGUCAUUGGAACAAAGUGGGUGUACAAGAAUAAAUCUGAUGAACAAGGGGUGGUUACUAAAAAUAAAGCAAGAUUAGUAGCACAAGGAUACACUCAAGUUGAAGGAGUUGACUUUGAUGAAACAUUUGCCCUUGUAGCUCGCCUUUAGUCCAUUAGACUAUUGCUUGGAGUGGCAUGUAUUAUGAAGUUUAAACUGUUCCAAAUGGAUGUAAAAAGUGUCUUCUUGAAUGGCUACUUAAAUGAGGAAGUAUAUGUUGAACAACCUAAAGGAUUUACAAAUCCAAAUCUUCCAAAGCAUAUGUACAAGUUGAGGAAAGCCCUUUAUGGUUUGAAACAAGCUCCUAGGGCUUGGUAUGAUAGACUCACAGUGUUCCUCACUAACAAUGGAUAUAGGAAGGGAGGCAUUGACAAGACCCUAUUUGUUAAGAAUGAAGGAGGAAAACUCAUGAUGGCUCAAAUAUAUGUGGAUGAUAUUAUGUUUGGUGGGAUGUUAGAUCAGAUGGUCGAACAUUUUGUUAAACAAAUGCAGUCUGAAUUUGAAAUGAGCCUUGUUGGAGAGCUGACCUAUUUUCUUGGGCUACAAGUCAAGCAGAUGGAAGAUUCUAUCUUUCUAUCUCAAAGCAAAUAUGCCAGAAACAUUGUUAAGAAGUUUGGCAUGGAGAAUGCAAGUCAUAAAAGGACACAUGCUCCUACACAUCUGAAAGUCUCCAAAGAUGAAAAUGGUGUUAGUGUAGAUCAAAGUCUCUACAGAAGCAUGAUAGGAAGUCUGCUAUAUCUCACAGCAAGCAGACCUGACAUUGCUUUUGCUGUAGGUGUUUGUGCUAGAUAUCAAGCUGAACCAAAAGUCAGUCACAUAAACCAAGUGAAAAGGAUACUGAAAUAUGUCAAUGGCACCAGUGACUAUGGGAUGUUAUAUACUCAUGGAUCUGGAUCUAUGCUGACUGGAUACUGUGAUGCUUACUGGGAUGGAAGUGCUGAUGAUAGGAAAAGCACAUCAGGAGGAUGUUUCUUCUUGGGGAACAACUUAAUAUCAUGGUUUAGUAAGAAACAAAAUUGUGUGUUUCUGUCCACUGCUGAAGUUGAAUACAUAGCAACUGGAAGUAGUUGUUCUCAAUUGGUUUGGAUGAAACAGAUGCUGACUGAAUACAAUGUCACACAAGAUGUCAUGACAUUGUACUAUGACAACCUGAGUGCUAUAAAUAUUUCUAAGAAUCCUAUUCAGCACAGCAGGACAAAACACAUUGAUAUUCGUCAUCAUUUUAUUAGAGAACUAGUGGAAGAGAAAAUCAUAGCCAUGGAGCAUGUUACUAUUGAAAUGCAAUUAGCUGACAUAUUUACAAAGGCUUUGGAUGCUAAUCAAUUUGAAUGUCUAAGAGGGAAAUUAGGGAUUUGUAUAUAUGAGAAUUUAUAGCAAUUAAUUUGGAGUGGAAAAGGUAAUAAAAAUAUUGUCUGCCCACUUAAAAGAAAGUGCCCCAUUUAUGGUCAAUCAUCACCUAGUAUUGGAACUUCCAUCUAUAACAUUUUCACACGCGACCUCUGCUCUAACACUUCCACCUUCCUUCAACUUCAUCAACCUUCUCUGCUAGGGCAACAUAAACCAUUCCAUAAGAUCAACAAGAUGUCACAACAUCCUUCACCUUCUGGUUCUAAAAACACCAAAACUGCGCACAAAGCUAGAACACCCUUUAUGGACUUUCUUAAUGAAGACAUUUUGGAAGUGAUUGCCCUGUCAGUCAUCCCAGGUGACGCUCCUGGUCCAUCCUCCACUGCAGGACAUACUCAAGGUAAUAGUUCUGAUAACCCUAGCUCUAAGGAUGACAUGCAUCAUACUGAUCGUGUCAUUAGAAAUCUUGCACGA